AUGGCCCAGGACCCGAAUGGCCUUGAUCCCUCUGCCUCGUCAAUUGCCUCCAGAUUCACGGAGUCUUCAAGUCCUCGUCGUCGGCAGGACACCGCGGCGUCUCCCCCCAAGCCGUCCCCUCCUCCCCCGCCUCCGCCAUCUCCGCCUUAUCCCGGUGCGUGGGAUCGUGGCCGUGCCUGCGUGGUCAACGCGACCAAUACGUACUGGUCGUAUGGAAGGGAGCAUGGAUGUAGUCAAGAGUCGAAGAGCAACCUUGUGGACGGCGAACGAGUUUAUAUGAAACAACCGAACGGUACUCUUCGCUGGGCAGUCUUCAAGCAGCAAGCUCGGGGCACGCUGGCAGCUAGGGCGCACCUGAAUCAGAUGGUGGAAGCUGUAGGCGGCGACCCUGCGACAUUCAGAAACAGGCUUGCCCAAGCGGACUACGUUCUGGCUCGAGAGGAACCUACCGGUGUCGUCCGUGAGGAGGACUCUGGAGAAAUGUUCUCGCUUUGGUCACCAGUUCACCUGGGCCAACCAACGUCCAAUUUCUUCUGGGGGACAGGACAGUUCGCGGGCGGUACACUGACGAUGGCGCCGUCGACCCAGGAGGAGAUGGAGUGGUUUUGA